CCGCCGUUGCCAAGGCAGACACCAUCAUCAUCAUCAGCAGCACCACAACACCGCCAUGGCCACCGAACGCUACAGCUUCUCCCUCACCACCUUCAGCCCAUCAGGGAAGUUGGUUCAGAUAGAGUAUGCCUUAGCAGCUGUGGCUGCCGGCGCCCCGGCGGUGGGCAUCAAGGCCAAGGACGGGGUGGUGCUGGCCACGGAGAAGAAGCACAAGUCCAUCCUGGUUGAGGAACACUCCAUCAUCAAAGUGGAGGUGGUGACAGACCACAUAGGCAUGGUGUACAGUGGUAUGGGUCCUGACUACCGCCUCUUGGUGCGUCAGGCCCGGCGGGUGGCACAGCAGUACUACCGCACGUACCUGGAGCCCAUCCCCACCACACAGCUGGUGCAGCGCCUGGCAGCCAUCAUGCAGGAGUACACACAGUCUGGAGGCGUGAGGCCAUUUGGAGUGAGUCUCCUCAUCUGUGGGUGGGACACAGACAGACCCUACCUCUUCCAGUGUGACCCCUCUGGUGCCUACUUUCCCUGGAAGGCCACGGCAAUGGGCAAGAACUUCAUCAAUGGAAAAACCUUCCUAGAAAAGAGAUAUAAUGAAGAUCUUGAGCUGGAUGACGCCGUCCACACCGCCAUCCUAACGCUGAAGGAGAGCUUUGAAGGACAGAUGAGCAGUGACAACAUUGAAAUCGGCAUCUGCAAUUCCAAAGGUUUCCGCCGCCUCACGCCUGCUGAAGUGCAAGACUACCUGGCCAACAUUGCAUAGUAGCUCUAGCCAUGUUUUGUGCCCCUGACGGCCAGCACUCUUCUGUGUUUGGAGUGCUGGUGCUUGUUUCGUACCAGUAAUUAUAUAAUUUUUGUCAUGGUUAUUCUAGACUUAAAGAAACAUGAACACAUUUUCACUCUUUCAUGCCCUAUGACUUUGAAGAAAUAAAAGAUACUUAAGUUU